GCCAGUGGCUGGAUACUAGUAGUAGAGCUUAAACUCACGUAAAUCAUUAAUAGUGAGUCGGGUUGAACGUCACGCCAAUUUCUACCCUUCUCGCCAAGGUGGUCUCCUUCACCACAUCUGCUACUGCCUAGUCUAUACGGAGCAGAAAGGUCGUGAAACCGGCAGUUCUAUAGACCAUGUAACAUGGAAGAUGGGGUUGUCUUCUAUAACUCCUGACGAGCCGCUAAGUGGUGGACUUACGGAGGUUAGCAAAAGCAUACGAACAUUCAAGCGUUAGGGGGAACCAAUGUAGACCGCCCGAGCUACAGCACAAGGUGAGCAUGCUGCGCGAUGGCCCAGAAAAGAGGUUGUGAGCCUGGAGGGCAUCAGCAACAAGCAGCGAAGAUGAAAUGGUUCAUGCCACACUCUGUGAAUUGGUCGUGCCCUCGAUUUUAACUGCGCCUUCCUCUCGCAUGUCCUUCACCUUCCGUUGCGUUCAGCCUGCACUGUACAAUGCAAGCUUGCAUCAUCUUUCUGAAUCUCCAUCUUCGAGUUUGAUCUCUUUAUGCCAUGCUUCAUCCUCUCGCCCGCGUGAGACGAGGUCCAGAUGUCCCAUCCGGCCAUGCGUUCACGCAGAAUGCCCCAUGAGAGGCGCCAUCAGUGUACCCACACCACGAUGACCCGACUCUACGAUCCCAUGGGUUCCUUCACUUGCUCCUCAUGUCGCAAGCACCCUAGCAUUGGCUGGUUGUACCGUUGCACGCAAGAUCACGACGGAUUUCUGCCAGAGCGCGACUUCAGCAGCCCAAGCAAUCCUGGCAAGAUCAUGGAGGUUCCACUCGAAUUCGGUUCGCACUUUCUCAGCCCUGCCGUUGUCCAAGCCAUUGGUGAAGGACAGUACACAGAUGAGCAGAUCAGGAUCUUGGUCAAACAAAAAGAAAAAGUCAGCGAGACCAUUCUCGUUGCCGGAGCGCGUCCUCCCACUGCUUCUACUGUGACGACAAUGUCCUCAUCCUCCGAGGGUACCUUCUCGAUCCUGCCUCAGAGUACGACCUUCUCCACCACUUCCACCACGGGUCUUGAUGACGAGAUAAAGGCUGCAUACAAUUGGAAAGAGUUGCAGGAAGCGUGGAUGUCAGAGCCGUCUAUGCCGCCUGCAGACUCCCAGUUGAGAGCAUUGCCUGCAGACUUUGGCACGCUUUCUCAUGGAGCCAUGCUGCCGGUCGAUCAGAUCUGUGACCUCAAAAUCUGUCAUACGUGCCGCCCGACCUAUCGUGAGCGUGCUUAUCAGUCACUCAAUCACAUCUUACAAAGUCCAGUACAGUCACCACCCAUAUGGGAGCUGGAGAACCGCAGGGUGUCCGACGCCCGGAUCGUCGCCCAGAUCCGACAGCCAACGGUUCCUCGCUUCUAUCCUGGGACCAGUAUCCAGUCGUUUGAGUCUGACAACGGCGUACUUGAAAUGGCUAUCCCAUACAUCAAUGGAUCCGGUUCAAGUCAGAAUGACAGCGAAACACAUUCCGUACGCAAGCGCAGCGGUUUCCGCGAAACGGUCAGAAAAGCUUUAGCCAGAGCUCGCCAUGAUGAUUCUCCGCCGGCCCCGAACAUUGUGCUCUCCGGUUCCGACCAAAAUUCCCGCAGUGACACCUCCAAGCCCUCUCGCUCCUUCCUCUUCCGAAGGAGAAAAUCCCGUGUGGUCCCGUCAUUUGCUGAGAUGCACGGUCGAGUGGUUGACACUAGUCCGUUACAAGAUUCAGUCAUGCUCAUGUUGGCCAGCAAUACUCCUUUGCCGGAUACACCCACGACGAAGAAACACCAGCUGACCCGCAUCACAGAGGACACGGAGCAAAGCCUGGAGCAAACCGGUGCCGGAAAUGCCGGCUGGAAUGCGGAGAUUAUUGUUCAGAGUUAGAUUUAUCUUUUCGGCAGGGAAGAGAAGAAGUCAGACGAUACUGAACAGAGGAGUUCCGCCAGCCAUGUCGCCCGAACGUUUAUUGAGGCAAGGGGAGAAUAAUAAGACAAACCACACAAUGCAGUGGUGACAGAUACAGGGAGCUGGACGUGUCUCGGACAAAGAGCAUGAUAAAAGUGGUUUACUCAUCAUCAAACUAUCUAUGCAUGCUACAGCUGGCUAGAUUGAAAAACAAAAUCAGCCAGAAUUGCGAAAAAUGUCAUGAGCACCGUAAAUCC